AUGCCGGGCGAUACUGCAGGAGAAGGCCGUCUUCUCCUCGUCUCGAAUCGUCUCCCGAUCACCAUCAAGAGAUCUGAUGAGGGAAAAUAUGACUUUUCUAUGUCCUCGGGCGGACUUGUCAGCGGCUUAAGCGGCCUUUCAAAAUCAACCACCUUCCAGUGGUACGGAUGGCCUGGCUUGGAAGUGCCAGAGAAUGAGAUCGGAACACUCAAAGAUCGCCUGAAGGAGGAGUACAAUGCAGUACCAAUCAUGCUGGACGAUGAAUUGGCCGAUAGACACUACAACGGCUUCUCAAAUUCAAUCCUCUGGCCCCUCUUCCACUACCACCCCGGUGAAAUCACCUUCGACGAGUCUGCGUGGGAAGCGUACACCGAGGCAAACCGACUUUUCGCGAAGGCGAUUGCGAAGGAUGUACAAGACAACGAUCUAGUCUGGGUACACGACUACCACCUCAUGCUCCUACCCGCGAUGCUUCGAGAGGAACUCGGCGAGUCGAGGAAGAAUGUCAAACUUGGAUUCUUCCUCCACACCCCAUUCCCAAGCUCCGAAAUCUACCGCAUUCUUCCUGUGCGAAACGAGAUUCUGCUCGGAGUCUUGCAUUGCGACUUGAUCGGCUUUCACACCUACGAUUACGCCCGUCAUUUCUUGAGCAGCUGUUCCAGGAUCCUGGGUCUUGCGACUACCCCGAAUGGUGUUGAAUUCCAAGGCAAGGUUAUAACAGUCGGCGCUUUCCCAAUCGGUAUUGACCCUGAGAAAUUCGAUGAGGGUCUCAAGAAGCCCAAGGUCCAGGAACGCAUUGCUACCCUAGAGCGGAAAUUCCAAGGUGUCAAGCUCAUCGUCGGUGUGGAUCGCCUCGACUACAUCAAAGGUGUUCCCCAGAAACUCCACGCCCUGGAGGUGUUCUUGACAGAGCACCCAGAAUGGAUUGGCAAAGUCGUUCUUGUCCAGGUGGCGGUCCCCAGCCGUCAAGAUGUGGAAGAAUACCAGAACCUACGAGCCGUCGUUAACGAGCUUGUUGGCCGAAUCAACGGCAAGUUCGGGACGAUCGAGUUCAUGCCUAUUCAUUUCAUGCACAAGUCAGUCUCCUUUGAUGAGCUCAUUGCUCUCUAUGCAGUAUCGGAUGUCUGCCUAGUUUCCUCAACCCGCGAUGGAAUGAAUCUGGUGUCGUACGAGUACAUCGCAACCCAAGAGCAGCGCCACGGCGUCAUGAUUCUCUCGGAGUUCACCGGAGCUGCCCAGAGUCUUAAUGGAAGUCUGAUUGUCAAUCCAUGGAAUACAGAAGAGCUUGCAGAUGCAAUUCACGACGCUGUCACCAUGGGAGACGAACAGCGUCAAUUGAACUACCAGAAGCUGGCCAAAUACGUGAAGAAAUACACCAGUGCAUGGUGGGGACAAUCGUUCGUCACUGAACUGACCAGGAUAUCGGAUCAAGCAGAGAAGAAACUCAAGAUCCGCCGCGGCUCCAUCAUCGACGCAUCAGUGAGCACUCCUACGCUCGAGGACACUCAACUGCCACCCAAGCCUACGGCGCCAGCCGUCGUCGGCGAAAACUCCCAAACCCGCUAG